UUCCAAUUCGUUUACUACGAACUUCACAAAUUUUGAACCUUUCACCUUCCUCUAUAUUCUCUUCAUCUGGGUAUCGCUUGAUUUCAAGAAAAAAUAAAAUCUAGCUUCAAUUUGACUUUUUGCGUAAAGCAAGAGCUUUUCAUAAUUGAAGCUUUACACAAGAGUGCUUAAUAACAACAGCUUCUUCUUCUUCUUCUUCUUCUUCUUCUUCUUCUCUUUGACUUUAUUUUCCAGUCAUGGAUUAUUCAUCAAGGAUUAACACUUCAUUGGAUCUCAAUAUCAAUCCUCGCAGGCUGCAUGAAGAAUUUCCCAAAAAGGAGGUGGAACACAAUUUUUUCUCUUUGGGCGUGAAGAAAUCUUCUGUAAAAGAACAGAUAUAGGCUCGUUUUCCCCUUUCUAAAGCUGCAUAAUGAUCGUGUGUGUGGUGCCAUUUCAGUCUUCGGGUGCCUUGGUGGAGGAGCUGAAGCGGGUGAGUGCAGAAAACAAGAAGCUGACCGAAAUGCUGACGGAGAUGUGUGAGAACUACAACGCUUUACGAAGCAAUUUGAUGGAGUAUAUGAGGAAGAAUCCCGAUAAGGAGCAAAGUUCAUCGAAGAAAAGGAAGUCUGAAAGCAGCUUCAACAACAACAGUGCUCCGAAGAGCAUCAACGGAAACUCCGAGAGCAGUUCAACCGACGAAGAAUCAUGCAAGAAACCAAAGGAAGACAUCAAGACACCAGUUUCAAAAGUUUACGUGAGGACAGAAGCAUCUGACACAAGCCUGAUCGUGAAAGAUGGAUAUCAGUGGAGGAAAUACGGACAAAAGGUGACCAGAGAUAACCCUUCUCCACGAGCUUACUUCAAGUGCUCUUUUGCUCCGAGUUGCCCAGUCAAAAAGAAGGUGCAGAGAAGUGUGGAUGAUCAAUCUGUUCUUGUUGCAACAUAUGAAGGAGAGCACAAUCAUCCUCAUCCUUCUCAAAUGGAGCCAGCAACAGGCUCAAACCGUGGUGUGAACCCUGGUUCAGUACCAUGUUCAGGGUCUCUCAGUUCUUCCGCACCAACAGUUACUCUUGACUGGACAAAAUCUAAGUCCAGCAGCGAUUCGAAGAAUAUAAGUCCCAAAACGGAAGCACCAGAAGUUCCUCAGAUUUUGGUAGAACAGAUGGCCACUUCCUUGACCAAGGAUCCAAAUUUCAGAGCAGCACUAGUUGCUGCAAUCUCGGGAAAAAUGUUGCACAAUAAUUGAGUAGAAAAUGAAGUUUUCUAUAAAUGGAUCGUGUUUAGAGAAUAGGAUCUCUAUGUAAAUACAACAUAGGACAUUAUUGGGACAUAUUUCUUUUCUAUUCUUCUGCAUCGAGGUAAACUAGGAUAGUUAAAAUCAGGUUUCGUUCAAGUUCUUGCGAAUUUUCUGCGGUAUACAGAAGCAAAGAAAAAAUUUUGCUUCAAAAAGUGUAAUUCUAUUGAUAGUACAAUAUCUCCUUUUCAUUUCCCAACUCUCUAUUUGGAACACU